UUUCUCGCUUCUCUGUGGCUAAAAUCCUUUCUUUUUGAGUUCUUCCUUUCCACCCUCACUAGUAAUGAUUUUCUCGUUACGGGCAUCGUUGUUGAGGAAUCUGAGGAGGUGUGGCAGUGAAAAGGUAUGGUGGUGGCAAUAGUAGAAGAACAACGACAAGAAGAAGAAGAGCAAGAGUUGAUGCGAGAUCCUCUUGGUUUAAUUGAACAUUUGUACAUCCAUUUGUGAUCAAGACAGCUCUUUUUGAUCUUUCUCUCCGUUUGGGUUCUGGGUUUUGAAGGUGGUGGUGCUGGUGUCUGUAAUCUGUUUGGUUUUUGUUCUCUAUUGAUUAAUUUGCUUUGUAUUUUGGUUUCUACCUUCUUCAUGUCUCAUCAAAGACAACUCCAUAUGGUGGGAGGAAACAAUGCUGGGCAAUUUGGAGAUACAACGUAUACCAAGAUCUUUGUGGGAGGUUUGGCUUGGGAGACUCAGAGAGAAACGAUGAAGCAUUACUUUGAGCAGUUUGGGGAGAUCCAAGAAGCAGUGGUGAUCACCGAUAAGAACACAGGAAGAUCAAAGGGAUACGGCUUCGUCACGUUUAAGGAUCCAGAUGCCGCAAUGCGAGCUUGUCUGGAUCCAUCUCCUAUCAUCGAUGGAAGGAGGGCUAACUGCAACCUCGCAUCACUUGGUGCCCUUCGCAAUCGACCACCCACUCCUCAAUAUGCAGGUAAUGCGAGGUUCAGACCUGCUGCACCCGGAUCGGCCGCUGCACCCGCUCAUCAUGGCUCUUCUUCCACGUAUAUCCAUCAACCCACCGCUCAAUACACAUUUCCUUAUUCUGCUUAUGGGUAUUCUGGAUAUUCGCAAGAAACUAUGUAUCCCAUGAACUAUUACAGUGUGUAUGGAGGACAACAGUUUUCUCCUUAUUACACCACUACAGCGUCCGCAGCUCCUGGGGUUAUCCAUAAUUUCUAUCCAUUCUACGCCCAAUACGUACAGAGCAACCAAGCGCAGGGUUUUGGGCCUCAUCAGUAUCAUCAUCCCCAGAUGCUACAGUACCCAUAUGUUCCUCAACACUUGGGUGGUUCGCCGGGGAUCCUAUCGCUCCCUACUACUCCAAUUGCCUCUGCAACCACUACCACUGGUGUGACGACAACAGGGACGACGGGUGUGACUGGAACGGAGUCUAGUACAUCGCAAGCACGAGUUGCAGAGACCAAUAUCGAACAGAAUUCAUCAGCUUAAUUUCUAAGAGGGAGAAAUGUUGCUUCAUUCAGUUUCAUCACUAACUCAGUUCAUACUUGAUAGACAGGGAAAGGGUACAAGAAUGACGACAGGAGAUGGAAACAAGUAUUGAGAAAAGAAUUCUUCAGUAGACCAUGAUACCCAAUUGGGUACCAAUUCCGGGCAAACUGAUCAGAUACAGAUACACAGCUCGCUCUGCUAACAAUUCAAGCAUCCAUUUCUGUUCGUUUCGAGCUCAAUAGCAUGGUUCAUUACUUUACUGUCAUCAUCAACGACAUCAUAAUUGUUUGGGUUUUAGGAGAAUAGGGUGGGAGUCCUUUAGUUGUUAGCAAGAAAAAUCAUAUUUUGUUUCUGUAAUUAACAUGAGGUCGAGAAGAAAUAUUGGGUUUUCGAAUUCGACCUCUGAUACUGAUUCUUGAAUCGGUAUGUCGCGGAAUGCGGAUAGGCUUCCGUUGACAAACACCUUAGAUUAUGUUAGGAUCACUAACUGGUCCUGGAGGUUGGUUUUAUGUCUCCUGACCUCAUUACCAGCAUUUGUUAGUCAAGAAGAAGGUGAGCUUGGCUAGCUUAUCCACCAAAUUUGUAAUUCUUUUUUUUUUUUUUUUUUUCCUUCAUCAUCAUCAUCAUUCAUGAGAAAAUAUUUAAAAAUGUAGGGUUGGUUAGGCAA